AUGGAGAAGUUAGAGGAGUACAAGCCACUAAUGGCGAUGAUCGGGAUUCAAGUGUGUUACGCAGGAGUGACUCUUUCUGCAAGAGCUACUUUGGUUAAUGGAUUAAGCCCUCGUGUUUUUAUCCUCUACAGGCAAGCGUUUGCAACCAUUUUCAUCUUCCCAUUUCUCUACUUCUCAAGAAGAAAGUCGAAGAUAAUAUUAUCUUGUUUGGAUCUCAAGAGCUUUUCUUUGAUAUUCUUGGUCUCGCUUAUAGGCAUUACAAUCAAUCAAAAUUUAUACCUUGAAGGUCUUUACUUAGCUUCAUCGUCCAUGGGAAGUGCCGUGGGUAACAUAGUUCCUGCAAUCACCUUCCUCAUUUCAUUUCUCGCCGGAUACGAGAGAGUGGAUCUCCGGAACAUGAGAGGCUUAGCAAAGAUCUCAGGGACGAUCCUAUGUGUAGCAGGAGCGAUCUCGAUGACUCUGCUUCGUGGACCAAAGAUUCUCAACUCAGAAUCCGUUUUACCUAUCGCUAAAUUGUUACUAGGUGGAUCUAACGACCAUAACUUGUGGCUGUUUGGUUGUUUGUUCAUGUUCUCUAGCACUAUUUGCUGGUCCUUUUGGCUUACACUUCAGGUUCCAAUCUCUGCCUAUUUCCCAGAUCACCUCUCUUUAUCAGCAUGGAUGUGUUUAUUUGGAACAAUACAGUGUGCAGUCGUCACUUUCUUCCUUGAGAAGGACCCAAACGCUUGGAUUCUCCAUUCCUACUCCGAGUUUGCCACAUGUCUCUACGCAGGAAUUGGAUCGUCGGCACUUUCGUUUACAGUCCAAGCUUGGGCUAUAUCGAAGAGAGGUCCUCUGUUCUCUGCAUUGUUUAAUCCUCUCUGUACAGUCAUUGUCACAAUCUUGGCUGCUCUGUUCUUCCAAGAAGAGAUUUACACUGGAAGUUUAAUCGGAGGAUUAGGCGUGAUAAUGGGACUUUACAUUGUGCUCUGGGGUAAAGCAAAAGAUGUGAUGAUGGAUCAUCAAGAACAAAGAGACAAUAAUGACAACUCAGUAGUGAAGAUUCAUAUUGAAGAUUCUUCAGACACAACCUUUAACCGAGAUCUGAAGAAUCCGCUUCUGUCCAAACAAAAAUCAACAGAAGAAAUCCAAACACAUGGACAAUUAAACUGA